AUGGCACCGGGCGUCGCCCUGGCGACGGCGCGCGGCGGUGGGCGGGGCCCUGCGGGCGUGGGAUUGGCGACGUUCGCGAAGGGGCGGGGCGUGCGCGCUUAUCUAUGGUGCGGGCGCCUUCCUAGCCCGCCUUCGUUAUCCGUCGCUCUGUUCGGCGGCGCCCGCCCUCCUCGCUUACGCCCGCCCCCCGCGUUUGCGACAUCUAGUAGGCAUGGGGAGAAAAGUAGGAGGGCGUCUCGCUUGACGGCGGCGCGACCUUUGCGACGCGCGGUGUACGGCAGGGCCGCCGUUGGGCCGGAGGCUGCGGGACCCCGGGCCCCCCGAGUCCCCGCCGCCCGCCCCGAGGCCCCGCCGCCCGCUCCCAGUCCCCGCCGCCCGCCCCGAGGCCCCGCCGCCCGCUCCCAGUCCCCGCCGCCCGCCCCGAGGCCCCCGCCGCCCGCCCCGGGCCCCGCCGCGCGCCCCGAGGCCCCGCCGCCCGCCCCGGGCCCCCCGAGUCCCCGCCGCCCGCCCCGGGCCCCGCCGCCCGCCCCGGGCCCCCCGAGGCCCCGCCGCCCGCCCCGGGCCUCGCCAUGGCGCGAUGCCGCUGGCCGUGAGGUGGCCGUUUCCCGCGGGGCCGCCGCUGCGCUGGGCCCUGGCGAGCGGGCUGGUCACGGGCCUGGUUGGCACCUACAGCUGCCUGUGGACCCGUGUGACCGAGCGGGGGGGGGUUGGGGGGGUCUCCCCCUUUGCUGACCCCCUCCCCUCCCCCAGGUGGCUGAACCGGCUGCGCGUGCACAACGCGGAGGUUCUGCACGAGCUGGUGGAGCGGCGGGGGCCGCGCACCCCCCUGCUCACGCUGGCCAACCACCAGUCCUGCAUGGACGACCCGCACCUCUGGGGUUCUCUGAAGCUGCGGCACAUCUGGAGCCCCCACAAGAUGCGCUGGACCCCCACGGCCGCUGACAUUUGCUUCACGCGGGAGCUGCACUCACGGUUCUUCAGCCUCGGGCGCUGCGUCCCCGUCUGCCGCGGGGACGGCGUGUACCAGCGCGGGAUGGACUUUGUGCUGGAGCGGCUCAACCAGGGCGAGUGGGUGCACGUCUUUCCCGAGGGCAAAGUGAACAUGGGGCAGGAGUUCGUGCGCUUCAAGUGGGGCAUCGGGCGGCUCCUGGCCGAGUGUCGCCUGGACCCCGUCGUCCUGCCGCUGUGGCACGGGGGCAUGAGCGACGUGCUGCCAAACACCCGCCCCUAUGUGCCCCGUGUGGGGCAGCGCAUCACGGUGGUUGUGGGGCGCCCGUUCAGCGUCCGGCCCCUCCUGGAGCGGCUCCGCGCCGAGGGCUCGUCCCCGGUGGAGAUGCGGAAGGCUCUCACCGAUUUCGUGCAGAGGGAAUUCGAGGCGCUGCGGAACCAAGCCCGGGCCCUGCACCCCGCCCCCUAGCGCCUGGGGGGCCCUGCACCCCGCCCCAUAGCACGUGGGGCGCCCUGCACCCCGCCCCGUGGCGCCUGGGGGGCGCCCUGCACCCCGCCCCCUAGCGCCUGGGGGGCCCUGCACCCCGCCCCCUAGCGCCUGGGGGGCCCUGCACCCCGCCCCUAGCACGUGGGGCGCCCUGCACCCCGCCCCGUGGCGCCUGGGGGGCGCCCUGCACCCCGCCCCAUAGCACAUGGGGCACCCUGCACCCCGCCCCGUGGCGCCUGGGGGGCCCUGUGGCCUGGACACAGAGAUGGGGGGGGGGGGGCUCUGCCCCAUAGCGGGAUGGCCCCGCACACACUGACAGACGCGCCUCCCCAUAGCGCUACCCCCCCCCCCCCCCAACACGGUGCCAAUAAAUGGGGCGGAGCCUCAGCUGGC